AUGGCACGCAUUGUGAAUUUGAUUGUUGUUGAAGGCUUAAAGGAAAUGAAUAAAUCUGUUGAACGUGUUAGGGGGGCUGUUAGAUAUGUGAGACAAUCUCCAGCUAGAUUACAAAAGUUUAAGGAGUGUGUUGUGGUGGAAAAGAUAGAGUGCAAGAAGAUGUUGUGUCUUGAUGUUUGUACUAGGUGGAACUCGACCUACUUAAUGUUAGACACUGCUCAGAACUUUGAGAGAGCUUUUGAGAGAUUUGAGGAGCAAGAUACAAACUUUAGGGCUGAACUUGAAAGGGGGGAGGGUUGGCCUAGUGUGGAUGAUUGGGAUAAUGUUAGAAAAUUGAAGGAAUUCUUGGAACACUUUUAUGAAGUCACUUUGCGUAUAUCUGGCACUUCAUAUGUCACGUCCAAUAAUUUUUUUGAUGAGCUUUCCGAAAUUGAUAUUCUUUUACGAGAUGCUCAGUUAAAUAGUAAUAUUGAUUUCAAUGUUAUGGCCAUCAAGAUGAAAGAGAAGUAUGAUAAGUAUCGGGGUGAUAUUGAUAAGAUGAAUUUGCUUAUGUUUGUUGCUUGUGAUUUAGAUCCUAGACAAAAACUAAAUACUUGCAGUCAAUCGAGUUCGAGUGUGUCAACACAUGUUUCUAUUGGUGAACCACAACAAAAAAUGAAAAGGCGAAUGCAAGCUUUGUGUAAAAAGCGUGAGUUGGAAAUUUGUGGUGAGGAUAAAACAUCUGAGUUGGAUAAAUAUCUAGCUGAGGCUAAUGAAGAAUUUGUUGAAGAUUUUGAUAUUUUAUUGUGGUGGAAAGUGAACAGCCCUAGAUUUCCCACUCUUUCAAAAUUGCCGAGAGAUGUGCUAGCUAUACGGUUUCUCACGGUUUGCUUGAGUCUGCAUUUAGCACCGGGGGACGUGUGCUUGAUCAAUUUAGGAGUUCUUUAA